CCGUCACCAGGGUCUAACUUUCCCGUGACGCAUGCUUCCCUUCAGCUACGCCAAUAUUCUCAUGACACACGUGAAAUUCAUUUCGCUAUUUGGCACAAAAUUAGCCAAAUACACAAACACUAUUUAGUUUUCGUUUUACCUUCCUGCAGACCUUUUACACAUCAUUUUGGGACCAGUUUGAGAAAUUUGAGUUUAUUAAGAAUGGGAGAUGAUCUAGAUACAGAUAUUUUUGAUAAUACUGAUGAAUUAAAUGUAGAUUCAGGAGGAGUUUCAUAUAAAAACAUACGGGUGACGAUAGGGGGUAUAUGCGCUUUGUUUAUUUUUGUCUUCGUCUGCGUCGUUAUGUGCUGCUGCUUCUGUUCAUGUUGCUGUGUCAAUAAAAAGCGUCGUGCUCGUAGUAUGAGACAAGCUCCACGAACAAGGGUAGCUUACUCUCCAGCAAACCAGUCAACACCAACUACAAUAAUCAACCAUACACCCCCACCUCAAAUAAAUAACUACCACACCAACCAUGUGUAUCCGCAAGGACACAGCGUUCCCUACGGACACCACCCUGCACAGUCGCAGCCCCUGUAUCCAGUACUACAAACAAGCAACCAUCAAAAUGCAUCGGCACCUGACGCCCCACCACCGUAUCCAUUCACGGCUGGGGGUUAUGGCGGUGCACCGAGCUACCAACCUCCAUCUAACCCACACUACCAUCCAGAAAAGGCACCCUUCAUGUAAGGAGGCAUUUGUAGGAGAUUCACGUAUUUAUAGGGGGUAUAGUUUCGUAAAAUUGUUCAUUUGAACAAUUUAUAGAGUAAAGGAUACUGUUUGUAAUUAUAUUUUAUAUGUAAAGGUAUACAAUUGUCUGGUUUUUUUUAAUGGAUGUGAAAAAUGGUGGUGUAAUUUCUUUCUAGUUUUCUGUGCGUACACCACAAAUCAAAAAUUGUCUGUAAAACAGUUGGUUGGAAACGAUUUGGAUUUCUACAGAUGACCUAAUCUUGUCAACUUAUCUUUAUGAAAAUCGGAUUCAGAAAUUAAUGCCAUCUGUAAUGUGUUAUGUAUGUGGAAACAUUGAGAAUGUUUUGAAAAUGUUUAUACUUUCUUUUUUAUUAAGUAUAUUUCCUACCUAAUAAACCAUCACAUAGUUUACCCUGCGCAUGACUAUGUCAAAGGGCAAUAUACUAACAGAAUUAUUAGUACAUAUCAGUAGUUGUUGAUCUUACCAUGAAGGUAUAAAAAAUGAAAUUGAACCAACUGGCUCCCUUUGAUCUAUCAGUGCAGGCACUGUACAUUUUGUGCAUUUUUAGUUACGGUAAAAAGUCGUAAUAGCCUACAGACUACGUACCCUCCAGACUCAUCAUACUCUGCACCCAGUAAUCAAGUUCCGAACCGUGAAGCCCUCUAGAGGUUUGAAUAAGACAAAAGUGGUUAAAAAUAUGUGUACAUUGCUAGGUGACCAUGGAAUAAAAGUGCUAUUUUUCUGAACAAGCAGCUGUGAUGAUUCGAAUGAAAGCGGACAUCCAGCUGUGGUAACCAGAUAGCAGGCUUUUUUAACCUACUGGUAGUGAGCCAUUUGGUGUUGGAGAAAGGUAAUUAGGCAUUAGCUUGGCUAAUUCUAUUAUGUUGGUUGAAUCUCCAUUUUUUUAUACCUCCAUGAUCUUACAAGAUACAUAAGCCUUUGUUGUGUUUUCUUACAAGAAUGAAAACAAAAUAAAAAUUGUAGGUGCAUUAUGGGAGUAAUUGUGCUAUAAAAGCUAAUUUUAAGGGUUGUUUGUUUGUAGCGCCCUCUGUUGUUGGAAUGCUCUGCAGAUGUGUUUAUUUGUGGAAGUUUUCUAAUACUACUACUAUAUAUUCAUAUUCAUUUUUCAUAUUCCACUUGAGUCUUGAGUCUUCCAUUAAAUGUUGUGUAAUAAUGCAAUAGGCAAGAGUCCAUUGUAGGAUUUGGAAACAUCUAUAUAAGUUUGAAGUAUUUCUCCAAUCUUUCCAACUUCCACCAACAUUUUUCAAGUCCAUGAAAAAACAUAUUAAAACAAGAGUUAUUAUUAUUGUUGGUUUUAAAAUAUUUAGUCUAUAUAUUACCAUGCUUGUAUUAUAUUCAUACUUAAACCAAAGGAAUUAAAGUAGAAUAAAGAAUUAUCAUAACUACUCAACUUAUUAUAAGAUUAAUUUUUAUCUGUUAACAUAAGAUCUGUUAGUAAUAAUAGUAAUAAUAAUAAUAAUAGUGCAUUUGUAAUGUGCCAUAAUCCAACAUAGAUGCAUAUAACACAUCCAUAUUAAGUGUUGUUGAGAUGACUUAAUCUUAAUACAAGAAUACUGUUACAGGAAGACCUCAGGAGUGCUCUUACUUGCUCAAAGCGGCGUUUUAAGUACCUACUCCUAAAAGCUAACGCCAUCUACAUUUAUAGGUUGCCCCUAAGGAAUCUCAUAGUGAUUUCAUUAUAACAUGCCUAUACAGUAUAAUCCCAAAGGGUGAGUUAUUUGCCUUCAAUUUCUUCAAAUCUUUAUUGAUGUGUGGUGUGCAUCAAAUUGUUAAGAAGUGUUUUUUAUUUUUUUCUAUUUUUUAACAAUUAUUUGUUUUUGGCACUUGAAAUUGUGCAAUAUUCAAUUUUGUAAUUGCCUGCCAGAGGAGCCGGGUUCCCAAGAGAGGUUUUUUUGAUGCCAGUAUUUCUGUCACCCCUCUUCUGUGGGGUGGAUGUGGAAGAUAGUUUCUGCUAUCUUUUUAUUUUAUUGAUUUUUAAGAACUAUAGUAAUAACUUGAGAUUAGUAAGUUGGAUGUAAGAAGCAAAUUAACCAUAUUCUCAAAAUGUUCGCAACUAUGGUGGGGCUGUCGUCAUGUGUACUCUCACAUACCCACUAGCACCAAUUCCUGCAUCUGCCCCAGCAUGGUCGGGGCUAUGCUUACCGUAUGUCAUACUGUGAAGCAAAGAAAUAGUCUUGUUUACAAUAAUGCAUGAUUAUUUUCAUCAUUAGUCGGCUAUGCAUGAUUAUUAUAUUGUUCUGAUGUAACCAUUAAUAUUUAUAGUUCAUUAAAUUAAGAAAAGUCAUAUUUAAGUACUAAUAUUUAUCUUAAAUUACAUAUGGAAAUUAUGAUUACUGGUAUUGUAAAAUAAUAAUUCUUUGUAAUAUGUUUUAUGUUUUUUAAACUCCCCAUUUUUUAUUUUUCAUUAUAGAAUUUAUUAUUUCUGCAAAUAGUUUCUAUGGCAACUAAUAUAAAUAUAUUAUUUCAUAGAACACAUUAAAUAUUUAUGAUUUGAAGAUGUUAUAAUUAUUUUUGUAGCAGGUGCUAUUUUUGAUUUUGUAUUUAAUGAAUUUAUAUCAGUAUUUUUAAUUGAUUACUAAUUAAUUUGUAUAUAUUACUUGCCAAGCAUCAUGUAUUUGAGUUGAUAUGUGUGUUACAUUGAGUGAAUUGUCAACCGUCCUCUGUAUUUGAAAGUUGAUAACUUAAUAGUUAAGAUAUUAAUUUUAAUGAUGAUACACCAAGUUUCUGUUCUCAUGUCCAUAUAAAGCUCUGUUCACUCUCAAAUUUUCUUUGACAAAAAACUGUUCUAUGCCCAUAUAUAGUCAUCAUGUGCCUAUAUAUGGUAAUGAUGUGAUGUCAUAUGACAAUAUUUAGGCAUUUCACAUGUUUUGGUCGAAUGAAAUUUGAAAAUCUGGACAGGGUUUAGAUUGUGUGCAUAAUAUCAGAUGGAGCAAUUUUGCAAACAUUAAUGUCAGUAUAGUUUAUAUUAAAAAUAUUCAUUGCAUAUCUUUAUACCUUAAAACUUGUUGAAAUUCAGCAAUUUAUAAUGAACCUCUACUUUACUUUAAUAGGGUUACGAAAAAAAUGCCACAACUUUACAUUCAGUGAUACACUUAUAAUGACAAGCAAAGUAAGAAUUUUCAAGUGGUUCAACUUUAAAAAAUGUCUAUAAUUUUAAAAAGUUAACAAUCUGAAGGGGGCAAGGCUAUUUAAUAUUGUAUUGUAUAUAUCAUCAAUAAAUAAUUUAAUAUUGAAAUAAGUUUAUUAAAUGCAAGAUAGAAAUGGUUUUAGUUUUGUUUCAUAAUUGGGACCCCAGAGCCUCACUGCUGUUCUUGUUACCAGAACUUUAAAAGCGUCCAGCGUCACCAGUUUUGAACGGACAUGCAGGAAAUUUUGUACACAUAAAUACGUACACAUUCAUCAUCCUUUUUUUAUGUUGGACCCCAGGGAAACAGGGGUUUCAGCAAGGACUGUACAUUACUGCAAUUACCACUAAUAGGGCACGUCGCAUGGAUAGCGCGGUCGGUUAAAGGUUGUGAGUAUUUUCUUGGUAUUCAAUUUUCUUUCCCCCAAUUUUAAAAUAUUUUAAUUUUGUAGAAAUGAACAUUCUAAAUAAUAAUAUGUAUCUUAUUAGCUCUUCCCAAAAACCUAAUAUAAUAACUUGCGCCUGUACCGUAUUUAGGCGUGGAGGAGCGUGCAGACCUGUGAGCGGUCGCUCUUGUUUUUAUUUUAUUCAAGGUUUGACAUUUUACAAUAGGCCUAUGCAUUUUGACUGAGUUCAACAAUAAAUUUUAAUAAGUAAUACUUCAUGUACAGGGCUUACAAUUAUAUAAGAAAGCAGGUCACAUGUGUUUUAUCAGUAAGUUCUGUAUUCUUGCAAGGUAUCAUGUUUGUAAUAGUUAAAGCAUGAAUGAAGUGAACAUGAUGAAUAAAUGUCAAUUUGACAACGCUUCUUCCA